CAUAGUCUACAACCUGUCUAUCCAGCAUUAGGCCAUUAGGCAGCAGCUUCAAGGGCACAGCAGAGUGGGGAGUACUCCUGCACCUCCCUCUCCCCACAACACCUCAACUCUUGGCACAGACUUCUCACCACGCUCACAGAUCCACAACCCAAGACGCCAAUCCCAAAAGUAAAGCAGGAAGAGGAGGGGAGGGCUGUUAUCUAAGGCUCUCAUCACCCCUAUGUGUGCCUGGUUGGACCAUGGAGCUGCACUGUCUUCCUACUGAGACCCCCACCACAUCCAGUUCCUGCUCCAUGGACCCCCUAUACGACAACUGCCCACCUUUUGCCCAGCGAGGGAGGGCCAGGGAGAAGGAAAUGGAGACUAGGGUUGUGUGCCCGGCUGUAACAAGACUCCCAGGCCCCAGAAGCCAUCAGCCUGGUCUGGCCCCAGCUGUGGCUGAGGUUCCCACACUGGUCAGAGGGAGUCUAGGGACUGGCGCCUGGCCAGAUCACAGCUACUGCAGCUGGAGAGGAGGCCUGGUAAGAGCAGGCUGGGAGGCAGAGCUGGCUCCAGAAGUAAACAGAGGGAGAGGAGGAGACAAAGGAGCAGGAGAACAGGGAGGUAGCUGGGGAGUUCAUCCUAAACACAGUCCAAAGCCAUCUCAGAGUGAGGAGCACAGGAGCGCUCUCUCAGUGUAUGAUAACCUCCCCGAAGCAGUCACUCCAGACAGCCUCCAGGAGGUGUUUGACAUGGAAACGGGCAUCACGGACCCCCUGCAGGGGCAGAUAUAUGGAGGGUGGGCCUCCGAGCAGGGACUGACAGAGGAUGACAAAAGCACCUGGUCCUCCUGUGAGAUCAUCCUUGCUGAAACUGGUCCCAGUAAUCAGGACCAAAAUCCAGACGAGGACAGGAGGCUUGACCAGGAGCCAGAGCUGGACUCAGGAUCCUCGGAUCCCUUGUCACCUCCUCAACAUAUUUCAGUAUGUUCCUCUCAGUUGUCCCAAACUGAGAGCCAGAUUCUGUGGCCCCCAGCUGAAGCCCAGCAACCAGAGCUCCCAUCCUGGUCUCCCAGGGUGCCCCCUCCAGUGCCUUUGGCUGACCCCUCGGCCAGCGCCCUCCGCAGCCUCCUCACCAACCUCCAGCAGCAAAUAGGGAGACAGAGGGAAGAGUAUGAGGACCGAAUAAACAGUCUAGAACAAAGAAAUGAAGAGCUGCAGUUGGAGGUGGUUCGGUUGAAAACGAACAUGGCACAGCAGCGGCACUGGUACCAGGUCGUCCAGGCGAAGAUCGUAGAAUCUGAGAGGGCCCGGGCUGCUGCAGAGCUACGCAAUGCAACUCUGCAGAGGGAGAUGGAGCAGUUCUUCGAUACCUUUGGAGAGCUUAACAAUGAGGCAAAGAAGACGGAGUGUAUUGUCAAAAGCUUCUGAUACAAAUAAAUAGGAAUAGUGUGUUCUUAUGGACAGUGUGCCCGGAGGACAAAUGGCAAAAAGACUGUCUAGAAAGUGAAGGCUUUAUGCUGUCAUCAAAUAUGGAAAUAUUUACCUUAUUAAUAGAGAAAGGUUUUUAGUUAGAAACUAUCUGAGAAAUAAAGACAACACUCAAAGUAAAUGAAUCACUGA